CUGACGGGGAUGUCUCCCAGUGUCGCCCGUGGAGGAAGGUCGGAGAACAUGUGGGAAAUGAGGUCAUUGCAGUAGACUGGAAAGGACUGAAAGAUGUGGACCAAAUCAAUAUGGACAGCACCAGUUCACUUCAUGGCAGCAGCUUCCAUCGACCAUCCACUGAGCAAACACGAACAGAUUUUUCCUGGGAUGGUAUUAAUCUCUCCAUGGAAGAUACGACCUCCAUCCUCCCCAAGCUGAAACGCAACUCCAAUGCUUAUGGGAUUGGGGCUUUGGCUAAAUCAUCUUUCUCUGGGAUAUCCCGCAGCAUGAAGGACCAUGUCACAAAGCCAACGGCUAUGGGCCAAGGCCGCGUGGCUCACAUGAUUGAAUGGCAAGGCUGGGGUAAAGCUAACAGCCAGCAGCAGCAGCACACGCAUGAGACGGCACGCAAAGAUGCUGAUGCCUACUCAGACCUGAGUGACGGUGAAAAGGAGGCUCGGUUCCUUGCAGGAGUGAUGGAGCAAUUCGCUAUUUCUGAGGCAACUCUCAUGGCCUGGUCCUCAAUGGAUGGUGAGGAUGUGAGUGUAAACUCAAAUCAGGAUAAUCCAGCAGGCAACUACUCUGAAAAUUAUCAGGAGCUAAUGGAGAGCCAAGAGCACAUGGCCCAGACGCAGUAUGAUAGCUGGCCUCAUUCCUAUGUCUCACAGGGCAUGUAUUGCUUAGGUUCAUCUGAUGCCUGGGAGACCAGUGACCAGUCCCUCAUUGCUUCCCCAGCAACUGGCUCCUACUUAGGCCAGAAUUUUGAUGACUCCCAGACAAACCUUCAGGAAAGCAUUUUGAUUCAGAGCAGCCUCAUUCAGCAGCAACAGCUGCAGCAACAGCAGCAGAACUUCAUCCAGAGCACAGGGCUGGUCCACAUGUGGCCCUUGCAGACUGCUCAGGGUGGGGGUGGGGCUGAGUCCAGCACCUAUAUGGAGGACCAUGUUGAGGAUGAAGGGAACCCGCGGCUGGAGAAGGCUCCUCUCCUAAACAAGAAGCCCUCUCCAGAGGAGGAUGAUGCAGUGUGCCGGGACCUAGAAUCACUGUCUCCUAGGGAGGAGCUGGAGCAUGCUGCACUGAGCCGCAAAGUCUCAGAUGUCACCUCUUCUGGCGUGCAAUCCUUUGAUGAGGAAGAGGGAGAAACAAACAACUGAUGCUUUCUGUGAAGUUCUCAUCACUGCUAAACAAAGAAAGGAAUGGCGAGGAAUGAAAUGACAGGAAUUCUUUCUGGCUUCCUGGACUUCCAAGCAGACACACCUUCCAUUCCUGACAUUUAAUUAUUUUUUAAAUAAGAAGAAAAUCUGAAAGUGAUUGACAAAUGAAGAUCUCUUCUUCCCCUUCACCAUGGACAUUUAUUUCCAAGUUUCAUUGCUCUGGGCCACACACAUGAGGUGCUUGGAGAAAUCUGGAUUGGUAAAUCAUUUCUAAAUCUUUUUAAUACAAAGCUUUGACUCUGGAUACAAACUCUUCUGGUACUGGGGAUGUGGCUGAUGAGACAGGCUUGAUAUGGGGAGUGGCUAUGUGGCUAGGAUCCAUCUUGGCUGAAUAAAUGUUGCUUCGUGGAUACAGUCCCCUUUGGUAGAAUAUGUGAAUAUAGACUGUUUAAACUGAAGAUAUGGCUUUACAAAUAUAGAUUGCACUAGUAUAGUGAU